UAUAACAAAAAAGAUUAGCGAAGAUGGGAGGCAGUAGUCUGAAGUGGUCAAUUAUGAUAAUGUUCAUCUUUCUCUUCUCCAACCCCAUUAAUGGAAGAUUUUCAACUCAAAUAGACAAAGCAACACUGGACCAAAUCUGCGUCCAGACAAAAGACGAGAUCUUCUGCGAUAGUGUUCUGGGUUCAGACCCACGAACUCGGACCGCGGACAUGAAGGGGAUGGCCUUAAUCGCCAUAUCCUUGAGUAUUAUUCAAAUCAACGAAGUAACUACUCUCAUCCCUGAACUUCUUUCGGGCACUACUGACCCAGUUGCCAAACAGAGAUUACAGACCUGCAACUCUGAUUAUGAAGCAGCUUUAGUAAAGUUCCAGGAGGCUUACAGGUCUGCCGGUGCGGCGUCUUAUUCGGACGUCAUUAACUCGGCUAGAGACGGCGUAGAUAAAACAACUCAGUGUGAAAAUCGAUACAAGACAAGUCCUGUUGGAUCCUCUCCGUUAAGCCAGCGAAACCAGAACAUGAUUAAUCUUUCUGAAAUUAUUUCCAUCAUCGUUAAAAUGAUACAAGGGAGCUGAUCAUACAAUUAUAUUGCACGUACGUAUGUAUCUGAGCAUGUUUAAACGUUGAUGGGGAUUUGGGGUGUC